UUGAGACGCCAGGAGCCACAUAGUCCGCACGUGUUUACAUGAAACAAGUUAUUAAGUAGUUACUAGUUAUAUAUUCAUCCAAAAUGGCAAAAAUCAUUUCGACAUUAAUUUUAGUGGUUGUUGUUAUCGCUGUCCAAGGACAAGCACCAGAGUAUGAAGAGGUUAUAAAAGCAGCGAAGGCUGGCAAUUGGGACCAGGUGCAAGAACUGUUAAAUAGCAAUCUCGGGAAGCAAGCUGGAUGGAAGCCUCCUUCAUUCAACAGCUUAAGGGAGCUGAAGCCAGAAAAUGGCGGCCAUGUCUAUGGAGAGGCUGAAUACGCGUACCAUUCUGCCUCAAACGUUAAUGGCAGAACUACAGAGCAGAACGCAGGACAUAAGAUCAUAAACGAAGAUGGACGAGUCAAAGAGUAUGACUUCACACCCAGCACGAGUUACACCCCUCAUCUCCCGUCUAUCAUAUCUCCAGUUGGUCAGAAAGCCGGUGACUACGUAGCAUCAGAUUACCACUACCAGUACGGUGGAUCGGUAUCUGGUAAGCCAAAUUUCGCGAGUCAAAAACUGAACAACAAUCUGCCACAGGACUAUUACCCAAGAAAUUCGGCAGUCGUACCUAUCCCUGCCCUGAGUUUCAGCAACGUGCGUGAACUGAAGCCACCACAGGGCGGCCAUGUUUACGGAGAAGCCCAAUACGCGUACCACACAGCUUCGAACAUCAACGGCCAGAAAUCAGAGGACGCUGGAGGCCACAAGAUCAUCAACAACGAUGGCAAUGUCAAAGAAUUUGAUUUCACACCCAAACCGAAAUUAGGACCUCUCAAGAAAUUACCUUUAGCAGUAGUUGACAAAGACAUCGGCGCGUUAAAGAGUCUAUUUCUGCAGUAAUUUGAAUAAAAAUAUGGAAUAAUCUGACUGGAAGUUGCCAUGUAUUUAAUAUUGAAGUUUAUUUCGUAGAGAAAUUGUGAGCCUAAUUAUUUAAAUUGUAAAUUAGGAUGGUAAAUAUAAGUAUAUUUAUUAAGUUUAGGAUUUUUU